AUGUCGACUCCAACCUCGCCUUCGCUUCCGGAUCCUGCCUCGCUUUCUCCCAUCCCCCCGCCUCGUGCAGCCUCGCAGCUCGACGCAUCUUGGCUUCCUCUUGUCUGGAUAGACUGCGAAAUGACUGGUCUCAACGUGGAAGCGGGCGAUAGACUGCUGGAGAUCGCCUGUAUCAUCACGGAUGGUGAAUUGAACCCGAUCGAUGAUGGCGUUAGCUAUGUCAUUUCUACCCCGUCGUCGAUCCUCGAUUCGAUGAACGAUUGGUGUCGCACGCAACAUGCAUCUUCAGGCUUGACUCUCGCCUGCUCCUCUCCCGCACCCUACUCCCAUCCGCAUGCGGAUGUCAGGACAGCGAUGCUAGCUUAUGUAAGAGACAGGGUUCCGCUUGCAAACUCUGCCUGCUUAGCCGGAAACACGGUGCACGCUGAUAAAGUGUUUCUCGUCAAGGAAAUGCCAGAACUUGUGCGCCAUCUGCAUUACAGAAUCGUAGAUGUCAGUAGCAUAAAGGAACUCGUCAAAAGAUGGUACGGCCCCCAAGCAAUGUGGCCGGGACAAGCAGAAGAAAAAGCCACUGACCAAGCAAACCACAGAGCUCUAAGCGAUAUCAAAGCAAGCAUUGCUGAACUAAAGUGGUAUCGAGAGAGAUACUUCAAACCCUCUCAUACACUUUCCUAG